AUGGAUUUGAGUAUAGAAUGCGAUAGCACCGUCAUGGGCAGUUUGUUUCAACAGAUUAUAAUUGAUAUGAAGAACACCUCACCACUAUGGGAGGACUUCGUUGCAAAAGCGAGUAAACUACAUGCAUGUUUACGAGCUGUAAUUCAAGCGAUUGCUUCGUACUUGGACGCAUUCCAAAAAAUUGCCGAUGCUGCAACAAAUUCACGAGGGGCUUCGAAGGAAAUUGGAACGGCUCUAACAAGAGUAUGUUUACGGCAUAAAGCAGUAGAAACUCGAAUGAAGACUUUCACUUCAGCAAUAAUGGAUUGUCUUAUUGUUCCGUUACAAGAAAAAUUAGAAGACUGGAGGCGACAAGUAGCAACCAUCGAUAAAGAGCACGCCAAAGAAUACAAAAGAUGUCGUACAGAGCUAAAGAAACGGUCAAACGAUACUCUUCGCCUCCAAAAGAAAGCUCGCAAAGAUCAAUCAGAUACAAUCCAAUCAUUGGUUGAUUCGCAUAUGCAAGAUGUUACUCUCAGGCGAGCUGAACUCGAAGAAGUCGAAAGGAAAUCAUUACGAGCAGCCAUGAUUGAAGAACGAAUGCGGUAUUGCAGCUUUGUGAAUAUGUUGCAACCAGUGGUAAAAGAAGAAUGUGAAGUAAUGUCGGAGUUAGGUCAUUUACAGGAGGCUAUGGAAUCCAUUGCAAUGGUUACGAAAGAUCCCAAUGUUCUUCCACAAUCUUCUGAAGAAAUAAUAUUAGAAACUAAAUCAUCAAUAAACCUGUACCCUGAAUCACCCGGGGGUGGUUCGAAUUCAUUAGGAUCUCGGAAAAGUUCUGUGUGCUCCAUAAGCUCAGUGAAUAGUAGUGGUUCAAGUGGGUCACCAGGACAUCAUCACUAUCAAAGAUCACUUUCUCAGUUAAUUUCACCAACAAUGCGGUUAAAACCUGGUGAAUCGAGUGAUAGUGGCUUUUGUUCAUCACCAGUGCUUACAACACAGUCAUCAGCCAGCACAAGCCAAUCACAUGCGAUAUCCACAUGGCCACCACAUUCGCAGGAUGUUGUUCAAACCACAGAUCGUCCACACACUAUAUCAUCAGCUUAUGAAAAAGGUCAUCAACGACCUGCCCUUACAGUGUAUACCUUCCAGAAACCCGAAACUAUCAUAGAAUCACAAAAGUCGCCUGCUUCCAUAUCAUGUAGACCACCAUUACCAGUUCGAUGUUCUUCUUUGGAGCGACCACUACCGUCAACGGGAAUGCGAAAUUCAAAUAUUAAUCUAACACAAAGGCAGUGUCCAUCUCCAAUACCUGCAUAUAUAACAAAAGAACUUCCUCAAUUCCAACCAACAUAUGCUAACAUGUCCGAAUUGGCUGCCAUGGCCGCUUUACAAAAUACUAACCAACAAUUGCAUCAGCAGCAACAACUACAACAACUAAUUCAACAACAACAACAGUCUCCCAAACAAUUGAAUUCACCUAACCAAUCUACAACAUCAUCUCAAAUCUCUUCUGAUUCGUCAAUAGGAAACAGCCAUCAAUUGCACAGUUCCUCCGACUUAUCGUUGAGUGCAAUGACAACCCAUUCGGCUGUUAGUUCAACGCUUGUAGGAAGCGCAACGCCGCCACCGUCCAAUGAGGAUUCAUCGCCUCCGUUAACAUCGCAGCUAACAUACACUGAUCAACAAACUCAUUUAACAUUGGGGGAAGGAGGAAUAAGUGAAACUACCACCGACACUAAUACAAAAACUAAUCUUGAAGGAGAACUGAAAAUAACUGAGACUGAUUUAAUAUCGAAUGAGACAACUCAACUUUCUUCUAGUAAUAAUAAAAGUAUUCUAUCGCCAGAGGGUGACGACAUAUCGAGAGCAUCUGUGCAGCAAAAGGCUUCGCUGUUUGAGAAGCUUGAAAGAGAACAGAAUGCUAAUAACAAUUUGCCAAAUGUGACAACAAAUCGAUGCCCUCAUACUGCUAGUACGGAUAAUAGUGCAGUAAGUAAGAAGGAAGACAUUUACAAGAGCACUGGGUGGAAUGAGAAAGAUUCAGAUAAAAUGUAUGAAGAUUCCAUUAAAGAGUUGAACAAUCUUAUUGGAGAACUCGAUUCGUUUCAACGAGAACAUGACCUCAAAGAGCUCACUGAUAAAUCAAAAACUUCAAUUCCGUUAAUAAUUGAUAGCAAUCUACAAACUGCCUUCAGUGGCGAAAGUAUCAGUGAUAAAAUAUCAGUCGGAAGUUUGAGUUCAUCCAUGCAAAGCAUGAACACGAAUGAAACUCGGUCAAACUACAGUGAUUUAGACGCAAAGAGUAGCAUAAAUGAGUGCAACAUGAUUGAAAUUAAAACGACAAAUUUUACAUAUUACAACGAGCAGCAGGACAAAUUGUCCGUCGAUACUAGUGACUCGAGUAUCAAAAGGAAUCAUUUGGACUUGACAAUUUGCAGUAACCAAAGUUUGAAUGAUUCAUGUGAUAUCGACUAUCUUAAGGAGAAUUCAUCGGUCGUUGUUCUCAGAUGUAAGGAGCAAAGAAAAAUCGAUUGCGUGGAGAAUGAUUUGAAUGAUUCUAAGCAGAGGUUGAGCUCGUUCCGCUCUGAACCGCAAUCCAACGCCAGUUCACCUACAUUGGUAACUGAUCAACGUUUAUUGGGUUCUAAAGAAACAGGUACGAUAACUAGAGGCUGUGUAUCUAGAAUGACGAGGCGGUCAUCAAGCAAUAGCAUAAAACCGCCGCCUCCAGUGCGGAGAAGCUCCUCGGUAACGCCCAGUCAUAAUCUUCAACCGCCGAACUCGCCGAGCUUGGUCCAAGACAAUACUAUGAAUUUAUCAACAGAGAGCCUUCCACCCCCUCCUGCUUUUUUGCUAGACCGCACAGCUAACGAAUCUCCCACUGUGAAUGUUGCUGAAACGGUGAAAGCACUCACGGUUAUUCGGCACACGCCAGCAAGCCCAACGAUCCUGAGACGUGCUCAAGUUCAACAAAAUCAGAAUCAAGUUUCUUCGAUGCAGUCAUACUGCACGACGAAUUCAGCUCCGUCAGGAGUGUAUGCUCAACCAAAACAGGUGGCGAAAAUGUCGAGUUUUCGUACACCAAGUCCAGGUACGCAGAAAACCGGAUCAAAUAUCCUAGCACAAAUUAACGCCAGAUUGAUGCCAAAUAAGCAACACCACCAGCAGCAGCAGCAGCAGCAGCAACAACAACAGAGCAACACAUCCAGCAAAAGUAUUGUAUAUCAACAGCAAGCAUAUCAAGAGAAUCGAGGUAGUCAGCAAUCGAGCUUUCAACAACCCGUGUAUGGAUCAGCAUCGAAAUCGUCCUUGCAUCAGACCUACACGCAACCUAAACAAUCAUUUUCAUAUCUUGAAGACAAGCAACCCGGUUACUGGCACGAAUCCCAGCCGCAACAAUCGCAACAACCAGAUGAUUAUGCACCAUCAAAUAUCGACAAAUCUGGAAGUAUUUUGACGAAAACCAAAGCGGAGUUUUUACAUAAUUUAAAUGCCAAAUUAGCAAAACAAGGACUAUCAGGACGUGCAUUUGCGGUUAGGAAUCUAAUAAAUAGUAAAGCGUUGCCUGACCCACGAAUAUGUCACGAAUCGCUCAUGGAUCAGAUAAAACGUGGAGCCACACUGAAACGAAAUCGAACAAUAAAUGACAGGAGCGCGCCCAAAAUCCGUUAAUUAAAAUUGAGAAUAUUUUAACUGAAUAAUACUAAUCAAAUAAGUGAACCUAAAGCGUACUGAUAGCGAAAGACUAUAAAGUAGCACACUAAAGUUUAACACCUAGAGCUCUAGAAAGUCGUAUUAGCUUGAAUAUACAUGAAUAAACUAUGAACAUAAUCUUAAUAUAUAACACUUUCUCUACGACAAGGUAACAUUAUUAUAUACACAAUAAAAUUUCUAUACUUUGUAUUGUAACGAGGAUUAUUGAACUGUACUGUAGUAUUUUCAAGAGAGACACAUGCAUACGUGCGCUUACAAGUUGUUAUGAAUUUAUUCGGGUUUUCGACUUGAUUCGUGUUCAAUAUUUUUACUUCAAGCGGGAGAGUGUGUGUAACCGGGAGAGUAGCCACGUGAAAUACGUUUGAUUUUUAGAAUACCAAAAAUCUUGUUAGGGGCCGAUAUCAUGCGUAUUGAAAAUUUUUUACAUAUCCAUUAUAUUUGGAUAUUUUAAUGUCGGUGUUGUGGGGAGCCUGAAAAUUUAUGGAUAUGAUUUAGAAGCACACUAAUGAAAGUUUGGCAUCAGAAUGGGUUCGGCAAAUUGCGUGAAUUUCACAGAAAAAGCUCAUCAUUUGCGUUCGCGUAAAGUGGGCUUAGGCCCUGAUUUCCUGCGUUGUUGGCUACAAAUUAAUUUAUUUUUUUUCUAGACUGAUCAAGUGAUAAAUACAUUUACUAUGUGGUUUUCCAUUGUUGAGAGCUCACUUUCGUUUCGAAAGCAUUCGUAAAUCCAAAGUACUCCUUAUAAAACUAAUAGGAUCCGGGUAUGCUUUCAGAAUAAAGAUACGUUCUUAAUAAUGGAAGACACCGUAAGAGAUGUGUUUAUUGCUUGAUUGCUUCAGAUAAAAAAUCGCCUCGUUGUGAUUCUAAAUUUUCAUUAGUGUACAAAGGAAAAAGUGUGAUUAAGAGUAAGUUUGUGAGAGUAACUUAUACAAAACCAGAAGAGGAUUGAUUUGUUUCAUUCUUGCCAAAUCCCUUUCACUUGGAUAUCUUUUUUGAAUGAACUCACGGUAAUGAAUGUGAAUGUAGAGGCUAACAUUUUUAUUAUUAUUUUUAUUUUUGAGUAUUUAAUGUUAUUGGAAAUUUAAUAUGAAAAAUGUGUUGAUUCUAUAGAAGAAGAAUAUGAAAACCAGAAAAAAAGAAUAGAAAAUUAAUUUGAGUUUUAACUAUUAUGAAUUCUAAAUAUUAUAUUUAAUUCUUCUUUAGUUUAUAAAGAAUACCCGCUAUUCAUAUAAUAUAUAUUCACUACACACUUUUGUACAUAUUGUUUUUCUUUUGAAGUUAUUUUAAGGUCUCCGAGUGUAUAUUUCGAUGAUAAUUUAAAUGUUUACACAGUUUUUAUGUUCACUACUUAUACAUGCAGAUGAAAAAAAAAAUCGGAAGAAGAAUUCUAAUAGAAAUAAAAAUAGAUUAAAA